GGCAAAGACGUUCACUUUACUAGGCAGGACUGCAGUAGAAUUUGAGGUCUUACGAGAGCGAAAGCGCUCUAGCAUCCCACUGGCCUCUGUUGGGCGAUAACCUGAUAAGUCACGACGUCAUUUUUCACUCUCUACUCACCGGCGUGUGAAUAAGCAAAUAGGUGCAUGAUCGAGGUUCCCCUUGGUACACCUGUCUGUCUGUCGACCACCAACGCUCUUACAUCGCCACAAUGCUAGAGGAGAAAGUCGCCCUUCACGAGAGCUCGCAUUCUUGCGGGCUUGCCGACUCAAAGACCCAACCUCCUCGUAGUCUGCACGCAGAAGACUUGAGUGCCAGACUACGUCUGCUUGGCCGCAUCGAGAAGGAUACGCUUCAAGUUCCAAGUUCGCCUCGUUCACCAAGCCGAGCCACUCGCUCUCCGACGAUGGCGUCGUCUGCCUCGCCCGAAGAAAACGUUUCGUCUAUGAGAUCAACUCCUCGCAGUGACGCACCUUCGCUCGGAACACCUUCGCUCGGAGGACUGCCAUCGCCCAUGAUACGACUCAAGACCAGACUCGAAGUCGAGGAUGUCAUUCUACGAUUUGAGUACGACACCUCGCCAGCAUCAUUUGAGCAGGAUCCCGUGGUAGCCACUCGUGCCAAAGAAGAACUAUGUUUCACUUUGGACGACGCGCACGCACCUCUCUUGCCCACUCACCUUGGCGAAAUCGUCUCUCGUCUCGAGACACCAGCGUCGCGCGCCUUUCUUUCAGCGGUAGUGGCUGUCGAAGCUCGCUCAGCGCGCUGGCGUCCGACACGCCGCACUGAUAGCGACCGUGCACCAGCUGUUAACGACUUACCUCCUGCAGAGCUCUUGCCAUCGCCUUGGGCAUUCCAGAUGAGCUCUCCCGCCUCACCAACCGAGUGUGAACAUCAGUCUGCCGAGCAUCAACCCAGCGUGGAGCGAGUCUACGAAGUAGGAGGUGUCGAACACGUUCAACUCAGAUGCAAUCUUUGCAGCGGUCAAGGAGAGCAUGCUUGCGUCCGUUGCCUCGCCACCCAACCGGACGAGUGCUUUGCUUGCGAAGGCACAGGGGUCAACUACAAGGGCAAGCAAUGCGCAAUCUGUCUCGAUGGCAAUGGUCAAUAUCUGUGCACAACCUGCCGUGGCUCUGGAUGCCAACCGUGUCGAGCUUGCAGUGCCUUUGGCUUUGUCGAGCACGCUUUCACCAUCACGUCCCGAAUGCACUUCUUGCGGUUUCCUGCCAUCGACCUCGCUUCCGCAAACGUCAUCCAGUCAGCAUCUCAAUCGUCCAAGGAACGUCACCAGGACGCGAUCGCUCUGCUUUGUCAGAAAGUCAACGAGGUGCUCGAGGCAGUCAGUCAGAGGCCCGGAGCAAGCAGACCAGUGCUGGUGCCCGUCUACGCCUUGGCAGUCGUGAAGCCCACCUCGGGCACGAUGAGCCCUUCCAAAGCCGACGGUAGAUCGCUCUUUGCGCCAAAUGAGAUUAGCCACGCUGCAAACGAGAACGGUGCAUCGAUCGAUGGCGAAAAGACCGACUCGCCAGUGCAUUCAACACCCAGCACUUUUGCCUCUGGAAAAGAUGGCCCUGCUAUCUCCACCCGGCGUGCAGGUGGUCUUUCAGUUGCUCAAGAGAAAGUCUCCUCUGCAAGGUUGUCCACCGUCUCCAUGCCCAAUAUCGACAGGUCUGGCCAGGCUGGGCGCACCAGUGGGCUCAGAGCAAAAGUGCGCGCCUCAAUCAGCGGACUGACCCGUCGAGUGAAGCGCCACAAAGACGUUGGGGGCCAGCUAGCCUGAACCAGAAUUCCACGCACAGGUCCGCUACGUAGAAUGCUUCUGCACCGCGAGCUAACACAGAUGCCCAGGCUAAACGACGUCCG